UCAACAAAUGUGUAAUGCUCAGUCGGUAACUUCCUUUUUGCCUUUCAGUUAAUUUCUUCAGAAUGGGUAUUUCAAGAGACCAUUGGCAUAAGAGGCGGGCAACCGGAGGUAAAAGGAAGCCUCUGCGUAAGAAGAGGAAGUUUGAGUUGGGUCGCCCAGCCGCCAACACCAAACUUGGAGGACCACGUAGAAUCCACCCUGUUCGUACUCGCGGAGGAAACUUGAAAUACAGAGCAUUAAGGUUAGAUACCGGAAAUUUCGCAUGGGGUAGCGAAGGCACAGCCCGCAAAACCCGUAUCAUCGACGUUGUUUACAAUGCCAGUAACAAUGAAUUGGUUCGUACCAAGACCUUGGUAAAGAACGCCAUCGUUGUCAUUGAUGCCACACCAUUCAGGCAAUGGUAUGAAAAUCAUUACAUUUUACCUUUGGGACGCAAGAAGGGAGCCAAAUUGACUGCCGAUGAAGAAGCUAUUUUAAGCAAAAAACGCAGCAAAAAAGUGCAAAAGAAAUACGAAACAAGACAAAAAACAUCUAAAGUUGAACCUGCUAUUGAAGAACAGUUCCAAACUGGUAGACUAUUAGCAUGCUUGGCUUCCAGGCCUGGACAAUGUGGAAGGGCUGAUGGAUAUGUUCUUGAAGGCAAAGAACUUGAAUUCUACAUGCGUAAAAUAAAAUCUAAGAAAGCUAAAUAAACUUAAUUGUAAGUGUUAACAAUAAACGUUAACAAGUUGUAUAU